UUUUAUUCGUGUUAUAAAAUUCAUAUCGGCUAGUACUAAAAGUCACAUGUUCUUUCUGCGAACAACAUGUAAAAAAAAUGUACUCUUCAAUCCAAAUGAUUUUCCUUCAUCCGUGAAACUGCCAUUUAAUUAUCAUCGUAGAGGACUUCAUUCCUAUUGUCUAAUGUUUACUUUUCAUUGAAAAUGCGUAAGACAAAUGUAGAAACAGAUAGGCUACAGUUUGUUAACAUGUACAAAGUGCACCUGCGCUUGUGCUAGGUGUGCCUGAUUUAAUGGCAAGUGAAUGAAGGUACAAGGCAGGCCUACUGUAAGUGUUACCAAUAAUAUGGAAACUAAGACAUUACUGCAACUGCUCCGACGAGUGAUGUUCCCAAGAAAUGGCAAGGUAUAUGACAACACGAGCUCAAGUGUAAAAAGAAAAUCGGUGUCUCUAAUUUGGCAACUCAUGUAAACCUCUAUCGUGACACCUAAUUCUAACAUCCUUAUUUUUUAGCUUAGUAUAUAUAGUAAAAAACUAAACAAAAUACAAACUAGGGUCACAACUACAGAAAAUCUCUGCAUUGUGCACCUCAUGCAUCUCAUAUAGAACUUCAGUGUGACACCUACAUGCACCUAAAAAGCGCUUCUUUCGCUCUGGAUAAAGGCGCCUCCCAAAAGCCGUAUUGUAACUUGACAUACAUCUAGUCAUUUUUAAAAUUCUCAGAAUAGUGUUAAUCGAGUAGCUGCGAAGGAUUAUGUAUUGAAAAAGUAUGUGCACUUAGCGUCGCUGUUCACCAGCAAAACGGACCGUUAGUUUGUCUGGUGUGGCCAUUAUUUUGUCUGCAGCCGGUUGCGUCGAUUUGGCACAGCUCUUGUAGAAUACGCACGAGAAUUUACUCUUCAUGCAGCUGACGAAUAUUACUUUGUUGCCAACUUUAUUUAUCUGUUUUAUUUCCCUCACUUUGAAUAACUGAUUGCUUGUUUUGGUCGUAAUUGCGUCGACCACUAUCUCAAAUCCAUACAAUGGAGAACGGCAUGAUGAAACAGUUGUUAUGGAGGUACGUCGAAACAUCCCUUCUCAUUUUUGCGGUUAUAUUCUCCGCGUCUGGUGUUACCCACUACUCGAUACCCGAAGAAAUGAAAGCGGGAUCUGUUGUUUCAAAUCUCGCAACCGAUUUAGGACUUGAUGUGAAAACCUUAAGUGCACGAAAGAUGCGACUAGAUGUUGUAGCCAACAAAAAAUACUUGGAUGUUAACAAAGAAACGGGGGAGCUUUACAUUGUGGAGAAAAUGGACAGGGAACAACUGUGCAAUGUUAAAACAGCCACAUGCUUUCUGAAGCUGGAUGUCAUAAUUGAAAAUCCAAUAAGAAUGUUUAACAUUGAACUUGAGAUAAUGGACAUAAAUGAUAAUUCUCCACAAUUUCGUCGGGAUACCAUUCAUCUUGAUAUAUCCGAAUCAACGCCAGUAGGAGAGAAGUUUUCUCUCACCAAUGCUGUUGACCCCGAUGUCGGCUUAAAUUCUAUUAAAACCUAUUAUCUCAGCGAAAGUGACUUCUUUAAUAUCGACAUACAAACUGGGCGUGAUGGAUCGAAAUUUACAGACUUGAUUUUAAAAAGAGCUCUGGACCGUGAGGAGCGGGCUAUUCAUAAUCUCAUACUCACAGCUGUGGAUGGCGGAACCCCUGCGCGCUCUGGUACAGCUAAAAUUAUUGUUCGUGUGCUAGAUACUAACGACAACGCCCCUCAGUUUGAUAAAGACAGUUAUACUAUAAAUCUCAUGGAAAACACACCGAUAGGCAGCCUUGUAAUCAAAUUAAAUGCAACAGAUAAGGAUGAGGGCACAAAUUCGGAUAUUGAGUACUCAUUUAGUCUCUAUACUUCUGAGAAAACGCAAGCGACAUUUGGAUUAAAUCCAAUUAAUGGUGAAAUAAGAGUUAAAGAAAUGAUCAAUUAUGAGGAUUUCAGAAUUUACGAUGCGGAAAUAAUAGCUAAAGACAAAGGUGCCAAUUCGUUAUCUGGACAAUGCAAGGUAACGAUACUAAUCAAUGAUAUGAAUGACAAUCAUCCGGAAAUUUCUAUUAAAUCCUUUUCAAGUCCUAUUAAAGAGGAUGUAGCUGUAGAUACAGUUAUUGCAGUGAUUAGUGUGAGUGAUAAAGAUUCGGGAGAAAAUGGCGAAAUCGAUAUCCAUAUUUCUGAUAAGCUACCUUUUAAACUCAAAGAGACAUCCGACAACUACUAUGAGCUUGUAGUUUCAGAACCGUUGGACCGCGAAAAGGUCCCAGAAUAUGACAUCACAUUUACCGUUACUGACAGAGGAAACCCUCCGUUAUCCGAUAAUGAAACUGUAACUCUAGAACUGCUGGACGUUAACGACAACGUCCCACAGUUUCCACAAUCAUUUUAUACCAUACAAGUAAUGGAAAAUAAUGCACCUGGGGCAUUACUGGGCUCCCUCACUGCACACGACCCAGACCUCCAUGAAAAUCAAUAUCUUGUUUAUUUUAUAAUAGAAAAAGAAAUAGCUAACACCUCCAUGUCAAUGUUGUUCUCUAUUAAUCCAGAGAAUGGUAACCUUUACGCACUAAAGACGUUUGAUUAUGAGAUAGAGAAGGAGUUUCUUUUUCAUACUGAGGCCAGAGACUCUGGUGUUCCUCCACUCAGCAGUAAUGUUACCGUCCACAUUAUUAUCAUGGACCAGAACGACAACACACCGGUUAUAGUGUCUCCAUGGCGCGCGCAUGGCUCAGUGGUGGAAGAAAAAAUACCCAGAUCCACUGAUAAAGGAACUCUGAUAGCCAAAGUAAUUGCUAUAGACACAGACUCUGUACACAACUCCCGGAUUACUUACCAGUUUCUACAGAACACUGACGCUACAUUAUUCAGUUUGGACCAGUACAAUGGAGAGAUCCGGACCACCAGAAUGUUCAGUUACAGAGACUCGCGCCACCAGCAGCUGGUGGUGAUCGCCAAGGAUAAUGGAGAGCCCUCUCUCUCUGCUACAGUCACCAUCAAACUGUCCACGGUGGAGACGGCACUUAAAAGCUAUGCUGACAUGACUGAAGUGCCUUUAGAAUAUGACAUCUUUUCAGAUUUAAAUCUGUAUCUGGUAAUCGGUCUGGGCUCAGUGUCAUUCCUGUUACUGAUCACCAUAUUGGUCACCAUCGUGCUGAAGUGUCAGAAACCAAAGCCCAGUAAAGCAGCUCCUCCCUGUAGGAACAGUGUGAUCAGUGAGAGGAACUCUACCAUUGCAGAUUCCACUCUGGUCUCCAACGAUGCCUACUGGUACAGUUUGUUUCUAGCAGAGACCAGAAAAGGAAAGCUGGUAGUUAGACAACCUGUGCCAAAGGGACAGAGAUACAUUGUGUCUAGUAUACCGAGGAGCACAGGAAUGACUGAGACUAGUGACUCAGCUGCAUCUACUCUACAGUACUCAAAAUGAGAGAUGUCCCUUCUCAUGCUGGAGGCCUCCACCACCACCAGUAGCAGUUCCUCGUGAGGCUUCAUUCCACCUGCUGUUGCUCAAGUGAUGCUGAGAAGAACCUGCUCUA